UAGCUGUUUUUGUAUCCGCUUCAGAGCGCGUUCAACAGCCAACUAAGUUACGCUUUGCCAUGUCACCAAAAAGAAGUUAGAGGCUUGCGUUCAUUUAAAGAAAAGCGGAUGUUCGCUGGCAUUUAAACACCCACCGUUGGAUUUAUGAUAUGAUCUAAGUGUGUGUUCGGGCUUUUCGAAGGUAGAGCCUAUUUGCGCUGUUGUUUCUUUCGUGUACACAGUGAGUGAACGCCACACAGCGAAGCUACAAGCCUCAUGUUUUCGUCCAGCCAAGAGGAGCACUGCGCCCCAUCCAAAGACCCAGUUAAAUACGGCGAGCUGGUCGUUUUGGGGUACAAUGGCUCCCUCCCCAAUGGCGAUCGCGGUAGACGGAAAAGCAGAUUUGCGCUAUACAAGAGGACCAAAGCCAACGGUGUUCGGCCGAGUGCUGUGCACAUCCUCAACACACCCCAAGACAGCAAGGCUGUCAACUCCAAAGGCCAGCACAGCAUCUCGUACACGCUGUCCCGCAACCAGACAGUGGUGGUGGAGUAUAGCUAUGAUAAAGACACCGACAUGUUUCAGAUCGGCCGUUCCACUGAGAGUCCCAUUGACUUUGUGGUGACAGACACUAUAGCAGGGGGCCACGAGGGCGAGGAGACUCCCAUCACACAGAGCACCAUCUCACGUUUCGCCUGCCGGGUCGUAUGUGAGCGCAACCCUCCCUACACCGCUCGUAUCUACGCAGCCGGCUUUGACUCGUCCAAGAAUAUCUUCCUGGGGGAAAAAGCUGCAAAGUGGAAGAACCCAGAUGGUCACAUGGAUGGUCUAACAACCAACGGGGUGCUGGUGAUGCACCCCAAAGGUGGAUUUACGGAGGAAUCCAAGCCCGGCGUAUGGCGGGAGAUUUCUGUGUGCGGGGAUGUAUACACCCUGAGAGAGACGCGCUCGGCACAAACUCCAGGCAAACUGGUGGAAAGCGAAAGCAACGUACUCCUCGAUGGCUCGCUGGUGGACUUGUGCGGCGCGACCUUGCUGUGGCGCACCGCUGAGGGUCUCUUUCACACUCCCACCCAGAAACAUCUGGAGGCCCUUCGGCAGGAGAUCAACGCGGCCCGGCCCCAGUGCCCCGUGGGCCUGAACACGCUGGCCUUCCCCAGCAUGCAACGCAGCCGCGCCCUCUCCUGUCUGGAGGACAAGCAGCCUUGGGUGUACUUGGCGUGCGGCCACGUGCACGGUUACCACAACUGGGGCCAUCGCUCGGAGCAGGAGCCCAACACCCAGCGAGAGUGCCCCAUGUGCCGGAUGGUGGGCCCCUACGUUCCGCUCUGGCUGGGCUGCGAGCCCGCCUUCUACGUGGACACGGGCGCCCCCACUCACGCCUUUGUGCCGUGCGGACACGUGUGCUCGGAGAAAUCUGUUAAGUACUGGUCGGAAAUCCCCCUGCCCCAUGGCACCCAUGCCUUCCAUGCCGCGUGCCCCUUCUGUGCCACCCAGCUCAACCUCGCUCAGGGCUGCUCCAAGCUCAUUUUCCAGGGCCCCGUGGAUUGAGCUGAAAGGGUGAAGGAGGGUGGGGGGGGGGGCGUUCUGCUCUUGGACAAGAGUGACAACAUGCUGUGAAACUGUUGAGAUUAUUUUGUUUCCUUUUCCUCACGUUAGACCCUCUGUGGGAAGCUCAGGUGGUGAUAGUUUGGAUUCUAAAGGUCUCUCUGGAUGCUCUGUGAAGGGCAGAUGCCCAGCCCGGCCCUUCCCUUCCUUUCCCGAACCAAAUACUGUUUCAGCUAUCCUGCCAAGCAACUGCUUUAAAGAAGAUAGGCUCCAGCACUGGUGGGCUACACAUGAUUUACAGUAGCUAGUGGGUUUUAUGCUUUAGGUAGAAAGAAUUUGUUAUUUUUACUCUUUGUACACUUGAUAACAAUGAACAUGUGCGGGCAAGCCCGAAGCAGGAAGAGAGAGGUUUCCAAGAGCCAGACAGCUGGACUGUUGGCUUGGAGAACCUGGAGGGGUUUGGCGCACCUCAUGUGCUUUUCAUUUGGACCUUAACCCCCUUCGCGGCAUCUCCUAACCCUGCGGAGGUGGUGGCUUUCAGAUGCGUCAUAUACACAGUCAGAAUUCAGUGCCUCUAAUCCCACGUAGCCGUGGGAAUAUAUUUCACAGAAGAGAGAAGAAUGUUUAGUUGAAGGCAAGCGGGGAGCUGGCUUUGCAUACUGGUGUAAGGAAAUGACUGCCCACAUCGAUCCAUCGCCGCAUUUCUAUCCGACAGAAGAACUAUUUUACUACACUGAGGCCCUCGCACUGUUUUCUAAAGCAAAUGUUAAUAUAUUUUCCUGCAUAAAUAAUCUAUGUGAGAAUGUUUUGUGUGCGUGCGUGCGUGCGUGCGUGCGUGCUGGACGCCGUGGGUGCUCUUGGGCUUUAUUGUACAGGAAGGCCCUGCAUCAUUUCACCCCAAAAUCCCCCCUUCUGAUCUUUCCGCCCACCAGCCAAACGCUCUACGAGAACCUUGCAGGACUUGACAAUGAUUGUACCGGAUUACAGCCUCUUGAUAGACUAUAAAGAUAAAGACCUGAGAGACUAUAGCGAGCAUACGCAUCGCUGAUAAGCGUUUCUCAGUCCCACACGUGUACUGUACACCGUCUGCACUGUCGUUUGGCUUCGUCCUGCGCUGGCUUCACUCCAGCGACUGGAGCGCCAAGAAACCUGGGCAUCGCCUCAGCAGCGUGCAGAGAUUAUACCAAAUAUAAGGCGGAGCUAUUUUCUCUCCACACGCAAGAAGCAAAAGUGGUUCUGUAAACAAUCCCUAAACCCGGACCGCUGCUGCGGCGGCGCAAUGUUGACAGCUUUGGAUUCCAGUCGCAUGCACCGUCUCCAUGGGAAUAAUGAUAUUAUCUCACAUGAUGCCAAAUUUGUUCUUUUGUGUGCGCGGAUGACUCAAAAACAAACUAGCGGAUGAAGUGAAACUAAAAAAUCGGGGACAAAUCUGUGUAUUCUUUUUGUGAUGUUAGCUUAACAGACUGUGUCCAUAUGUGGAGAAUAUUGGCAACGGGCGUCGAUUCUGCCUCCUUCGCAAACAAUAACUGUGACUUGCUUCCAGUAGCUGCAUUCAAGUUGUCUUCCAGAACUAUGGAUGACUGAGGGGCAAAGCCACCUUGAAUUCACCCAAAAUGUACUCCUCUCCCUACAAAAAACUUUCUUAAAAAGUUGAAGCAGCUGAGUUUCGAGAAGAUGCCAUGUUGUCACAUUUGACAUUAAAGGCGUUGCUGGGUCAACAACUACGCCACGUACCACCGGGCAGUAGCAUUCCUCAAUGCACUUUGCUUGAAGAUGAGCGUCUUCUCAAACAGCUGCCUCAAACAUUCCUCCUUGGUAAACAUGGGUGGGGCCCUCAAGGGCUUGUUCACGAUUUGAUCUUCUACAGGAAGUGUGUACACAAGCCAUAGGACGCACUGAUAUAGUACUUCUCCCAAUGCAAAGAAAAAUAAAAUCUAUUUUAAAAGUAAAA